AUCUUCGUUCUCGUAGUGAAUAUCAAUGCAUUCAAACGACGCGUUUGAAGAAACGAUUCUACAAAAUAUUUAUCGAGUUACGAACGAGAUACGAGCAAUUGAAUUUCAACCCGAUACGUAAGACUCGACGUACUAACUUUUUCGUUCAUUUUGGCCUUUAAAAAUUGACCUUAGGAUAUAUAUAUAUAUAUGCGUGUACUAUCUUUUAAUUUACAAAAAUAGAAUUCAAUAGGGUGAAUUAUGAGUUUCGCAUAUGACGAUCGAGUUCGACGUAUCGAGAAACAAGCGAGCGAUAUUUAAACGAUAACCUUCGUCGGCGAUUCUACCACGCGAAUAUCCCCAUUUCGCGUGAUUUCGUCGGUCAAAACGCGUUUCGAUGCUCCACUUUGAACAUUAUGCCAACGGUACGACGUAGCCCACCUCCGUAAUCUGGCAAUUCGUCGUGACUCAAUUUAAAUGCGGCCAAUUAUUGCGAAAUGCUGAGUUGGCGAACGGAACUAACUGCAUAAACGGCCGAAGACGAGAACGACGUUAACAGUGUGAAAGUAUCGACAUUAUGCCGUACACGAAGGAUCCCUUUGGAGAAGACGUUUCACUUCUCUACCCGGACAAUAAUGGCGACAAGUUUGCCAGAUUCACAGACCUACCGAUCGAGACACCGAUAAUCAAAGGCGUGGUGAAUCAACUACGAAAGUGGCCAGCAGAUCUAUUCUUCGCGUUCCUGGCAGCUUGUCUGAUCAUAGGAAGCGUGGUGUUCUUGAUCUUCGUCACGGUGGCCAUUUGCGUGCCCACCGUUGUCGGUAACAGGUGUCCACGAAAACGACUUUCACUCGAAGAUAUCUCAAUCCUGGAAGUUGGAGCAUCGUCCAACGCGUAUUUUAUCAAACUGGAUAACCAGAACUGGUCUACGACCGAUUAUUGUUACAUCGAGACCGCGGCUAGAAAGCACCCAGAAUUCAAUAUAUAUCUGAUAAAUUUAAUGAGGGAUGAGCCUAAUAAGGAAAGCUCGAAUCGUUCGAGUAUCGAUAGAACGAAGCUGGAAUCUAGAUCGAACGACUCGAAUAAUUAUCCCCGUUCCCCGAUAUUGAGUGCAGAGGAUAGGCUUAGGCAACGACUGGUAGCUGGAAACGAAAAUAUAAGGAACAUCAACGUGUCGAUCGAGAAAUUCUUCAAAGGUUCGAAACUGUCGAAAGUUGCGAAAAAAUUAGGUGACGAUGUUCUGGAGAUCGCUGCCAAAGCGCAAUUGCUUUGGAGCGUUCCUGGUGUUGCGCUUAAACCGAACAUGUUCUGCAGUUUAGACUUUGUGAAAAACUUCCUUUGCAAUAACAAUAAAGAAGAAUGUUUGCCGGACAAACUAGCGACCAUCGAGCCAGAAAACGAUAUACAAUUGACAGGAGUACCGUGUCAAGCUUUCAUGGGAUUCGUUGUCCAAGAAAUAUCGAAAAAUCAUCACAACGGAAAACAUACGUUGAGAGAAGCGGUGGAAAAAUACUGUCCAAGGUUAUAUUACUGUCCCGAAAUUCGGAUUCUCAACUCGAGACCAAAGUGUCCGACGGAUGCUUUAAAUUGUCCUACAGUUUAUUCGAGUAUAUUAAUGCAUCUCACGUGACGACUGAUAUAUGUAUUUUAUUACGAAACUGUACACAUGUAGCUCAUAAAAUAUAAUUUUAAACAAAA